AUGGAUUCUGGGCCCGCGCAGGAGGUCACCGAGUUGUUAAGGCAGUGGGAGGAACAGCACACGACACCAAAUUAUGAUCCUAUACCGACUUUGACGAGAAUAGCAGAGAUAAUAGAAGCAGAGACAGAGAAUUUCAUGAAGAAAGAUCCAGAUCCGUUUGACGAGAGACAUCCAUCCAGGACAGACCCAGAGUGUGCAUUGGGGCACUCUCUUAAAGUUAUGUUUAAAAAAGACAAUUUUAUGACUAAGUUAGUAAAUGACUAUGUACGUGAUACGUACUACUCACGCCAGAAUAUAAUAGGACGGGAUGUGCACAAACUGAAUGUAGCUGCUUGCAGACUCACGCUUGACCUCAUGCCCGGAUUGGAAAUGAGCGUUGUGUUUCAGGAUAACGAAUCCCUUAUACACCGUCUCGUUAGCUGGGCGAUAAAUUCCCAAGAACCUCUCCAAUCCUAUGCGACGGGUCUGCUGGCAGCCGCUAUGGAGGUGCAGGAGAUAGCCACGAACUUUAGAGAUCUGAACGCAAUGCUGGUACCGCUCAUGUUGAAACGGCUCCACGAGUUGAGGAACAAGUCCCUGGAAGAAAAGCCCCAAGCCCAGCAAAUAAAUCAGACUAGGCACUUUGCGCAUUUCGACAAAAGAAAAAGCGGUGACCUCAAAUGUAACGGACCUUCCAGCGAAACAACGAGCGUGCAAAAAGAUGGAGUUGAUGAUGGUGGAGGAGAGGUGAUGGACAUAGAAGUUCCUCCAAACACACCUGUAAAAUCACCUGGUACUCCUAUCAAACAUAACUCUGUCUUGUGGUCGCCGCCGGGUAAUUCACUCCGACCUGUACCCAUACAUGAGACUUCGUCUAACUCCAGUUGGGUCGAAAUGGAGACUUAUGUCAUAGGUAAUAUUCAAAUACACCCGCUCACAGAUGCUACCAAACAAAUGUUAACUCUUAGGUAUUUAACACCAAUGGGGGAGUACCAAGAAUUCCUGUCUCACGUGUUCGAGAAGGACGCCUUAGGACUUAUACUUGGGUACCUGAAUGUGCGAGAGUCUAAAGAUUCUAGACUUGCCUUCGAAGCUCUGAAGUAUUUGGCAGCUCUGCUCUGUCACAAGAAGUUCUCUAUAGACUUUAUCAACACGGGUGGACUUCAGAAAUUUCUUGAAGUGCCCCGUCCAUCAGUUGCCGCUACUGGCGUGUCGAUAUGUCUGUACUACCUGGCCUACUGCGAAGAUGCCAUGGAGCGCGUCUGUAUGUUGUCCAGGAAGACCUUGGCUAACCUCGUACGGUACGCGCUGUGGUUGCUAGAAUGUUCCCACGACUCCGGUAGAUGUCAUGCGACCAUGUUCUUCGGGCUCUCGUUCCAGUUUAGAGUUAUUUUAGAAGAGUUCGACAAUCAGGAUGGUCUACGGAAGCUGUACAAUGUGAUAUCGACCCUGCCGAUCCUCGGUUCCGAUGAAGAAGAGCUCAGGGUGUCUGAUGAUGAGACUUCUGCAGCGCGGCAGAUCGUCAGACACGUCUGCGUCGCCCUUAGGAGAUACUUUGAAGCCCAUUUAAGAAUUCGUGCGGCCGUCGUUUCUAGGCAACAGGGAGACAAUAUAACAGAGCCACUGCCUUACAAGGCAUCGAAGUCGCUACCCGAAGAGAUUCAAGACCAAAUAGAGCUGGUGCAAAACGCUCCGUGGUCACGGUGGCCACCUGUCGACGAACUUGUCGAGUUGGGCGGAAUCACGCUGUUGUUGCAGGUCGUUGCCUACGCUUAUGACUGGAAUUUCAACGGGAGGGCAGAAACUGUGAGGUCAGCUUUAGAUGUGGUCUCCGUGUGCUGUGUCUCGCCUCGCGUACAAUUGCUUCUAACUGAAAAGAUCAAUAUGCGUGAGGCAGAACUAACUGCUGGAAUCAGUAUUGUAUUGGGCGCUGCGGAUGGCGACAUUGUCGUCGAGCCGGAGGUACAAAAGGCAGCUCUUAAUGUUCUAGUCAACUGUGUGUGUGCACCUUUACAUAGGGCUGGAAUUUUAACGGGGCGAAUCUCGAUAGCGGGUUUCAGGAAGAAGACGUUGAUGAAGUCAUUCGAAGAUAUUAUCCAGAAGGUGUGGGAGAGUGUUAGAACUAACAAUGGAAUUAUGGUUCUUUUAUCACUGAUGAUGACCAAAUCGCCAAUAACGGACGCCGAUAGAAUAAGGGGUUUGGCCUGUCGGGCCCUCUGUGGUCUCGCGCGAUGUUCCACGGUUAGGCAGAUCAUCUCGAAGCUACCACUAUUCACCACGUCUCAAAUACAAGUACUUAUGCGCGACCCGAUCCUUCAAGAGAAACGUCAAGAGCACGUCAUGUUCCAGAAGUAUGCUCUGGAACUGCUGGAACGAGUCUCUGGCAAGAGCAAGCACAAAGGUGCGGAGUUCGAGACCUCGCUGGCUAACAUACAUAGGGCGAAUGUGGUCGCUCAAACGAAGAUCAACUACAACGAACGGCAGCUCCUUCAGCUGAUGGUUCGCCAUUUGUCUGACCGCGGUUUGAAUGAGGCAGCGUCGACGCUGAUCCGGGAGGCGGGACUGCCGUGUCCGUGCCCGGUGCCCGCGCCCCCACCUCCUCCCGUUUACACACCUUCCACACCUGUUAGAACGCGUAUGUCAGUAUCUCGGACCAGCAGCAGCACGUCAUUACAUCGGGACAGCUUGGAUCAUUCUCACAUUAAUAAUGAAGACAGUCCGAUGCCGCCAAACGUUAUUAAAGUUAGAAAAGUCCAAAACCAAUCGUUGUCCACCAGCGUCGUGGGCGCAAGCACACCUGGUUCAGAAUACAAGCGUUCACUUCAGAAGCAGUUGAGCAUUGGGGGCGCGGAGCGUGCCCCCUCCCCCCCGCGGGUCACACUGCACUCCAUCAUCACGGAAUAUCUGUACAACCAGCACGCACUAUGCAAGAACCCGGUCGUUACCUGCCCGCAGUUUAAUCUUUUUGAGCCCCACCAGUGUCCGGAGCCGCGGUCCGGCGGCCUAGCGUCCAUCGGCGAUCGGUACGCGGAACCCGUAAAUUCGUGCGCACGCGUCAUCCGCCGGGAACUUGGAACAACGACGUCAUGCCGGGCGCAUGCCAACUUCGCCCACUCCCACUUCGCGGCCGCCAGGACACUUCGGCUGACAGAUGACGAUGCUUACUUCACGCACACGAUAUUUCAUCCCACGCAACAAAAGCUGCUAGCGGCUACUUCAUCUGGCGACAUUAGGAUAUUCAACUUAUUUAGCGGGGCUGAAGAAAACUCGUAUCAAGUACACGAUUCCUACAUAUAUCAUAUGCAGGCGAGCAGAGACGGUCUCUUACUACUAGCUUCAUCUUCAACUUCGUGGAGAACUCUGUCUGCAUUGUGGCAUAUGAAGGAGUUUGAACAAAGCUUUCAACUAGAGAACGAGGAGUACGUGGAAUUUUCGAAAAUGACAGACGACCGGAUCAUCGGGACCAAGGGGGAGGUGGCGACGAUCUUCGACACUCAGACCGGGCGAGAGCUGCUCACGCUCAAUCCCAGUUUGAGCAACCAAUACGCGAAGAAUAGGGCGACCUUCAAUCCUACAGAUGAACUCGUUCUAUCAGAUGGCGUUCUUUGGGAUGUAAAUUCAGGCAAGGAGAUCAGAAAAUUCGACAAAUUGAAUCAGACGCACAGCGGAGUUUUUCAUCCAAAUGGUUUGGAGGUUAUAUCAAAUACAGAAGUGUGGGACCUAAGGACGUUCCAUCUACUACGAACAGUGCCUGCGUUGGACAAAUCCGAGGUGAUAUUUAACCCGGCGUGCACAGCGCUCUACGCCGUGUGCUCAGACCAAGACUCGGAGGAUCGCAGUCAGUUCGAUACCAGUUUUAAAACACUUUGCGCGGCGGACUACUCUAGCAUAGCGACCGUGGACGUGAAACGCAACAUCUACGCGCUGAGCGUGUCGCGCUACGGGACACAGAUCUCCGUUGUGGAGAACCUGGGCGAUUUUGAGCAGGUCUCCGAGUCGUGCGUGAAGAUCUACGAUGUCGGCCGCAAGAGGGACCACGACGAUGACGCGGGGGUUGGGUUUUAUAUAAAUGGGGGUUGGGACCGGGGGAGGGUUUUUUUUAAAGGGGGAGUUCUCGGGGAGGGGUGUUGGGGGGGGGGGGGGGGUUUGGGGGGGGGGGGGGGGUGGUUGAAGAAAAAAAAAAUUGUUGGUUUUGGGGGGGAGGAGGAAGAAGAAGACUUGGCGGGCGGUUCCGAAAACGAUGACGGUUCCGAUUCCGCGACGGACAACGAUGAUGAAUUAGCGUCGAGCAUUUUUCGCAACGUUAUGAACUUAGCGGAGGGAGAGAGUUCCAGCGAGUCGUCGCGAGACGACAACGAGCCCGAGAGGAGGGAGGGGAGACGAGCGAGGACGCGAAGAAGGGCGGCAGAACACCACAGCAGCGACAGCGAUGGAGACGUGGAACUGGGAGACAUCGUCGAGUUUCGCGUCUUCGACUGA